UAUCCCAGUAACCUACGGUAUCUGUAGCCAAAAGUCUUUGAAUGGGGGGUUUCACCGUAAGUAGGCCGCUGAAGUCAAAUUCAGCCAGGGAGGAGGUGUCCAGAGACUAACAUGCGCUGCACAAGUUGUGAGUUUGCUCAGCCUCAUUGUUCGUUAGCUCGAGAACUCAAUCCGACAAACCCCGCUUUAUUAUAACUUCGAAAAAGUUUCAUUCUAGCGGGCUACUUCAUCGGAAAACCCCGAUGUGAAGGUUAUCCGAGGUUGUUGUUGAGUUUAAAGUGUAGCCUGUUGGGUGUCAUGAAUACUGGUGAAGUACUGUCUCAAAGCUAAUUUAUGCUACAGCAGCACUGUUUACAGCUGGCGGUUGAUUAAAGUGCAAUAGAUCGACAUCAUAAAGGGCACAUGAGUUGCGUGUAUGCGUGGCUUUAUUAAGGGGUAAACAUGAGUGGGAAACCCACACCUGAAAUGAACGAUGACAAGAAGGCGAGUUUGGAGAACGAUGCAAUGACUGAGUCUGGUGGAAACACGGAGCCCCCCGGAUCAGCGAUCCCACAGCCGAAUGGCCAUGAGUCGAUACGACCCACCCGUCUGUACAAACGAAGGUGGCUGAUAGUUUUGUUGUUUAGCUCGUACUCGUUGUGCAACUCGUUCCAGUGGAUACAGUACGGGAUAAUAAACAACAUUUUCAUGAGGUUCUACAACGUUGACACUUUCGCAAUAGACUGGAUGUCCAUGAUCUACAUGCUGACUUACAUCCCCUUCAUCUUCCCUGUGACCUGGCUGCUGGAUAAGAAGGGGCUGCGGGUCGUCGCGUUGGCGGCCACCGCGCUGAACUGCGCCGGCACCUGGGUCAAAGUGGCCAGCGUCAGACCGGACCUGUUUGCCGUCACCUUGCUCGGUCAGUUCUGCUGCUCUUUUGCGCAGGUGUUCAUCCUCGGGAUGCCGUCCAGGAUCGCCUCGGUGUGGUUUGGUUCGGAGGAAGUGUCCACCGCUUGUUCCAUUGGCGUCUUCGGGAAUCAGCUGGGCAUUGCCAUUGGGUUCCUGGUGCCCCCUAUCUUGGUGCCUAACGUGGAUGAUUUGGAUGAGCUGGCUCACCACAUCCGCAUCAUGUUCUACAUCACCGCAGGAGUGGCCACCUUACUUUUUAUCCUUGUUGUCAUCGUUUUCCAGGAGCGACCCGAACUCCCGCCCACACAGGCCCAGGCCACCGCUCGCAGCAUCCCGCCAGAGCAGUAUUCCUACACAGCUUCCAUCCUCAGGCUGCUCCGCAACAAGCCCUUCAUUCUCCUCAUCAUCACCUAUGGACUCAACGUGGGUUGUUUCUACGCUGUUGGCACCCUUCUCAACCGUAUGAUCAUCGAGCACUACCCUGGUGAAGAGUUGAAUGCUGGGAGGAUAGGCCUCACAAUUGUAAUUGCUGGCAUGUUUGGUUCCCUAAUCUGUGGCAUCUGGUUGGACCGAACCAAAACCUACAAACAAACCACCCUUGCGGUCUACUCCAUGUCUCUGGUGGGGAUGAUCAUUUACGCCGUCACACUCAGUCUGGGACACCUCUGGGUGGUCUUCAUCACUGCUGGAAUGCUUGGGUUCUUUAUGACAGGCUACCUACCUUUGGGGUUUGAGUUUGCGGUGGAGCUGACAUACCCAGAGUCAGAGGGCACCUCCUCCGGGCUUCUCAACUGCUCAGCACAGGUGUUUGGGAUCAUAUUCACUAUUUGCCAGGGGAAGAUUAUUGACAAUUUUGGAACGCUUGCCGGAAACAUCUUCCUCUGUGUAUUUCUCCUAAUCGGCACAAUAAUCACAGGAUUAAUCAAGUCUGACCUGAAAAGACAACAGGCAAACCAGCUUGCCAAAGCAGCAGCGGAGGGGCAGAUGCCGGAACAGGACUAUGGAGCCACGGCCCUAAUCACCCGGCCGCAGACUCCUUCUCCUCAAAGUUGAUCAAUAAAGCUUGCUCCUUGGAAAAAAAAAUCCCUAAAUCUUAGCUCAUUGAUGGGCAAAGGUAGGAGCACUGCUGAAGAGCACCUGAAAUCACCACACGCUUGUC